CACUGGUCCCACCUUUCAUUUGGACCGGGUGGUGAGGUUUUUAGUUCCUAGAGCCGGAACAAUUAACUGGCACAGCCAAGUUAAACCUAAAUCGCCUCUGUUUCAUUACAAGAACUCUAAUUUAACAUUAAAUCAUGGCGGUGAACACAGGCACCUCUCUAGUACUGUCCAGUCUGUUCUCAGUGCUGGUGUUUGCUGGGAUGCAGAUGUUCAGUAAGCAGCUGGGAUCCACUGAGUGGCUCACUAUCCUGGGAGGUUUCCUGGGCUCAGUCCUCUUCAUCUGCUCCCUCACUGCAUUUAAUAAUCUGGAAAAUCUGAUUUUUGGGAAGGGAUUCCAGGCCAAGAUAUUCCCAGAGAUUCUGGUGUGCCUGUGCCUAUCACUGUUUGCCUCUGGUCUGGUACACCGUGUCUGUGUCACCACAUGCCUGAUAUUCUCCCUCUUCGCCCUGUACUACAUCAACAAAGUAUCUGCCGCCCUCUACCAAGCCUCUGUUCCCGCAGUAACACCAGCCAAGGCUGCCAGCAAGGGCAAAAGGAAGAACUGAUGAAUCUGUUGGAUUCCAUUUGCAUCCUGUCAAUUAGUUAAAAUCACCAUGGUGCUGAUGGCAAGUGCAACACAACAGUUGCAUAUUUUCUAAUAUUGUCUUAAAUCUGAAACCCUUGGUGUAUUUCUCUGGGCUUUUUAAAGAUUACUUGGAAAGUGACGACCACUUCAAUGACUUAAAGUUAGUCACAGUUCUUCUAUUUUUUUUUUUUUUUACAGUGAUCUCGAAUUGAAGGUCAUAACAGCUGUCAACAUUCCAUCGAUAACCUUUUCCUCAGCACUCUUUUUACACUGAUUGCAAAGAGAUUCAAACGUCCCACGUUACCUGUGUAUUCAUCAGCACAUCAAGUUGCUUCUUUUGUUUAAUUCAUUUUGUAAUUAAACUGUAAAAUACUUUGAA